AUGGCAAAAAAGAAACUUACCGGAUUAGAAAUAACUCUGUGUGUCCUCUUUGCUAUAGUCACUAUUAUAGCUAUUGCUUUAGUUGCUGUAUUAGCAACUAAUACACCUGCUGUCGAAGAGGUACCUGCUGUUUUAGGAAAAUGUCCAACUGAGCAAAAUGAUAGAUAUAAUGAAAGAAUAAAUUGUGUUCCAGAUCAAUUUCCAACACAGGCAAUUUGUGCACAGCGAGGCUGUUGCUGGAAGCCCGUGAAUGAUUCCAUUAUUCCCUGGUGCUUCUUCGCAGAAAAUCAUGGCUAUGAUGUUGAAAAAAUCUCAAAACCAAAUAUAGAUGUUGAAGCUCAUUUAAAAAGAAGAUCUGCACCUACAAUAUUUGGUGAUGAUAUUAACAGUCUUCUCCUCACAACCCAAAGUCAGACACCAAAUCGUUUUCGGUUCAAGAUUACUGAUCCAAAUAAUAAAAGAUUUGAAGUUCCUCAUCAGUUUGUAAAAGACUUUUCAGGACCCCCGGCUUCUAAUACAUUGUAUGAUGUGAAAAUUACUGAAAAUCCAUUUAACAUACAAGUUUCUAGAAAAAGCAAUAAAAAAGUUUUGUUUGACACUAGCGUUGGCCCCCUUGUGUACUCUGACCAGUACCUACAGAUAUCAACCAGACUCCCCAGUGAAUACAUGUAUGGACUUGGAGAACAUGUUCAUAAGAGGUUUCGUCAUGAUCUAUACUGGAAAACAUGGCCUAUUUUCACCCGUGAUCAACUACCUGGUGACAAUAACAAUAAUUUAUAUGGCCAUCAAACAUUUUUCAUGUGCAUUGAAGAUACCUCUGGAAAGUCCUUUGGUGUUUUCUUAAUGAACAGCAAUGCAAUGGAGGUUUUCAUCCAGCCUACUCCAGUAGUAACUUACAGAGUUACUGGUGGCAUUCUGGAUUUUUACAUCUUUCUAGGAGAUACUCCAGAACAAGUAGUUCAACAGUACCAAGAGCUCACUGGACGACCUGCAAUGCCAUCAUAUUGGAGUCUUGGAUUCCAACUGAGUCGCUGGAAUUAUGGGUCACUGGAUGUAGUGAAAGAAGUGGUACAAAGAAAUCGGGCUGCUCGUAUUCCAUAUGAUACACAGGUCACAGAUAUUGACUACAUGGAAAACAAGAAAGACUUUACUUAUGACAAUAAUACAUUUAGAGGACUUCCUGAAUUUGUUAAAGAUUUGCAUGACCAUGGACAGAAAUAUGUCAUCAUUUUGGACCCUGCUAUUUCCAUAACUCCUCGCACCAGUGGGGCACCAUAUGAAACCUAUGAGAGGGGAAAUAAAGACAAAGUGUGGGUAUAUCAACCAGAUGGGACUGAUGCACUUAUUGGAGAGGUGUGGCCAGGAUUAACAGUAUAUCCCGACUUCACUAAUCCAAAAUGCAUAGACUGGUGGGCAAAUGAAUGCAGUAUUUUCCAUCAGGAAGUGCAAUAUGAUGGGCUUUGGAUUGAUAUGAAUGAAGUUUCCAGCUUUGUUCAUGGUUCAACAAAAGGAUGCAAUAACAACAAACUAAAUUAUCCACCUUUUACUCCAGAUAUCCUCGAUAAGCUCAUGUAUGCCAAGACCAUCUGCAUGGACGCCUUGCAGCACUGGGGAAAGCAGUACGACGUCCACAGCCUCUACGGGUACAGCAUGGCCAUAGCCACCGAGAAAGCUGUUGAGAAAGUUUUUCCUAAUAAGAGAAGCUUUAUUCUAACUCGGUCAACUUUUGCUGGAAAUGGAAGACAUGCUACACAUUGGUUGGGAGACAAUACUGCCUCAUGGGAGCAAAUGGAAUGGUCUAUCACAGCAAUGCUGGAAUUCGGCUUAUUUGGAAUGCCUUUUAAUGGAGCAGAUAUCUGUGGGUUUGUGGGUGAAACUACAGAAGAACUUUGCAGACGAUGGAUGCAACUGGGAGCAUUUUAUCCAUUUUCUAGGAACCACAAUGCAGAAGGUUAUCAGCACCAAGAUCCAGCAUUUUUUGGAGAGAAUUCUCUUUUGGUUACUACAUCAAGGCACUAUUUGAAUAUUCGCUAUACCUUAUUGCCUUUCCUUUAUACUUUGCUUUAUAAAGCACAUGUUUUUGGAGAAACAGUAGCAAGACCAUUUCUUUAUGAAUUUUAUCAGGAUAAAAAUAGCUGGAUUGAGGACCUUCAGUUCUUAUGGGGCCCAGCAUUACUUAUUACCCCUGUCUUGAGACAGGGAGCAGUGAAAGUGAGUGCAUAUAUACCUGAUGCCACUUGGUAUGAUUAUGAAACUGGUAUAAAACGACCCUGGAGAAAACAACGUGUUGAUAUGGAUCUUCCAGGAGAUAAAAUAGGAUUACAUCUUCGAGGUGGUUAUAUUAUUCCCACUCAAGAACCUGCUGUCACUACAGUGGAAAGCCGAAAGAAUCCUUUAGGACUGAUCAUUGCAUUAGCUGAUGACAAUACAGCAAAAGGAGACUUUUUCUGGGAUGAUGGAGAGUCUAAAGAUUCCAUAGAACGUGGCAACUAUAUAUUUUAUACAUUUUCUGUUUCAAAUAACACAUUAGACAUUACAUGUACACAUUCAUCAUAUCAGGAAGGAACGGUUUUAGCAUUUCAGACUAUUAAAAUCCUUGGUUUGACAAACAGCGUUACACAAAUUGAAGUGGUGGAAAAUAGCCAAUCAAGUCCCCAUACCAGUUUUACUUAUGAUACUUCCAAUCAGAGUCUCACAAUUAAUAAUCUCAAGUUAAAUCUUGGAAAAACCUUUGCUGUUCAAUUAAGUAAAAAUUGUAUUUAUUUUUACUCCAUUUUGUACAUUUGUGAUCCUAAAAAUAAGAGAUAUGAAGUUCCUAUUCCAACUACUCUAAUAAGUACAUAUAAAAAUAGACUUUAUGACAUUGAAAUAAAAAAUUCUUUUGGCAGCCAAAUUCAAUGGCGAAGUACAGGAAGAGUUAUUUGGGAUUCAUCCCUAUCUGGAUUAACUUUUAAUGGCCAAGUCAUUAAAAUACCUAUUCGUCUGCCAUCAGAAUAUGCAUAUGGCACUGGGGAAAUGGAAUACAUGCAAUUUAAAAGAGAUCUGGACUGGCAUACUUGGGGAAUGUUUAACAGAGACCAAUAUCCUGAUGUAGGGCUGUUUCUCUAAACUUUUAAUUCCUAUGGAUUUCAUCCUUAUUAUAUGGCCCUGGAAGAUGAGGAAAAUGCUCAUGGAGAUUUUUUACUAAAUAGCAAUGCUAUGGAUAAAGCAAUAAAGGUUACAUUUCAGCUAACUCCUGGUCUAACUUACCACACAAUUGGAGGAAUCUUGGACUUAAUGUUUUAGUUUCCAACUCCAGAAGUUGCAACAAAGCAGUACCAUAAAGUAAUUGGCCAUCCAGUCAUGCCACCUUACUGGGCUAUGGCAUUCCAUUUAUAUCAAUAUGGAUAUGAAUUUACUUCAGAGAUUGAACAACUCUAUGAGGUUAUGGUAUCUGCUCAGAUACUCUUUGAUGUGCAAUACAUAGCCAUUGAUUAUAUGGAAAGGUGAUUAGAAUUUACAAUUGGUAAAGAAUUUCAAGAUCUUCCUCAGUUUAUUGACAUAAUAAGAAGUGAAGGAAUGAGGAAUAUUAUUGUUCUGGUUAUACAUUAUGAAUCCUCAAUUCAGAAUACAACUGGUAAAAGAGGAAUUGUUAUGUCUAGUUCCACAUCUUCUGCAGGACAAUGGGCAGGACACUGACUUGGAGACAACUAUGCAAAUUGGUGUUCAGGAAUGAUAGAAUUUAGUCUCUUUGGAAUCCCUUAUACUGGAGUGUAUACCUGUGGUUUCUUCAACAAUUCAGAGUAUGAACUCUGUGCUCGCUGGAUGCAAGUUGGAGCAAUUUGUCUAUUUUCACGAAACAACAACACAGAGUAA